UUUUAAUCAAGUUCUCUUGCACUGCAGUUUACAUUUUGCUUCAAAUAACUAUAUUUACUCAAGAAACAAUUUUUCUUGUAAAAACUAGGCAAUAACUUGAAUUUAAAAUCAUUCUCACGGAGAAAGAGCUCAUGGAGAAGUAAGUUAAGAAACUACCAAAAAUUCAAGUUUAGUGCUAAAUGCUUACAUCAAGUUUACUGACAACAAUCAAAUUAUUCUAACUUCAAAGGAUGAGUCUGAGUGCAGUAAGUGACAUAACAGUCGAGCGAGUCGUCAAACAGAAAUCACGCAAAAAACAUUUUGUUUUCUCGAUUCAAGUUGAGUGGAAAGAUGGCCUAAUAAUACGAAUCUACCGUAGCUAUGACGACGCUCUCAAUCUACAGGACAAGCUUCGAAAGAUGGACGAAUUCAAUUCCUACCUCAACAAUGAAGCAGCUGAAUACAGGAAUGGAUAUUCACUCCAAGAUAAAGGUUUGUUUGGUAAGGUAACCAUCAAGACAAGUAAACAAGCAAGGCGAAGGAUGGUUGAAGUGGAAGAAUUUCUCAAGUCUAUAGUUCAUCUUCCAAGCCAUAUUUCUAUGGCUGAUGUCGUAGUUACUUUCUUCAGGCCUGUCCCUGAUGACCUGAUGUUUGUCGACCCCGAGAGGUACGAAGAAAGCUUAAAAGAAGCAAAAGGAACGAGACAAAAAAACGACCCUCUUCACAUAUCUGAACCCAUCCUGUUGGAUCAGUACGUAGCUAUCAGUGAUUACACCAGGAUGAACAAGAAUGACUUGAAUCUUAAAGCGGGUGACAUUGUGGAGGUCAUCUACAAGGCUGAUCAUGGCUGGUGGUUCGUUGAUCUUGAUGGGGAAUUGGGCUGGGUACCAGCGUCUUACUUGGAAUCCAGAGACGGCGACAUGGAUGAACAAAUCAUGGAGACGUUUGAAGACGGACAAGAAGAAAUGUACAUUGCCAUGGGAAAGUACGAUGCAGAAUAUGAUGACGAGAUUCAACUAGAAAUCGGCAAACUCGUUCAAGUCAAGCAGAAGAAGAUGGACGGCUGGUGGUUGGUCAAAUGUAAUGACCGUAUUGGUUGGGUUCCCUGUAUGCAUCUCCACGAGCUGUCUACGUCAUCAACCAAAUCGAACGCGCGGGAAAUGGGACGAGAGAAAGCUUUGAUGACCAUGAAUAACAUAUUUGCUAUCACAGACAGAAGAAGAACUUGGAAUCCAUCUUUGCCUCCCAAACGUUUAUCAACAUUUAAAAGCACUGUCAGACGUCGUCGCUUUGAAAAAGAAGAAACGAUACAAGAAGAAGAUGAAGAUGAAGAAAAACCAUCCUACAUGAACAUAGAAUUCCACAAGAAGAUUGUAAAAACCACAACAAAAAUCCCCUCCAAUGACAACGAUGAAGAAGCGGGUCCAUCGUACAUUAACUUGGACUUUCACAAAAAAGACAAUACUAAGGCGAACAAGAAGAAGAAGAAUGUCGUGCUCAAGGACGAGGAGAAAGAAAAAGGACCCUCGUACAUUAACAUGGAAUUCCACAGAAAGAAAGACCAAGCGAUGGCGCCACGUCAGCGAGUGAGAAGACGUCGAGAUGAAGACGAAGACUUGGUGGAAAUAGAUUUUGACAAGAUGAAAAAAUUCAACAGUCAAUCGAAAGAAACCUCUUCUAAAGCUGGUUUGGUGGAGAAUGAGAUUCCAAAAGACAAUGGAUCUGGAAAUGAAGAGGGGAACAGCAUGAAAGAUGAGAUGAAGAAAGUCGAGAUGAAGAAAGUCGAGAUGAAAGUGGAAAAUAGUUUGGCAGAUUCAGACUCCAACGAAUAUGAGUUUCCUCCAUCCUUCUCCGAGAAGCCCCUAAAUACAGAGGGGCUGGGACAAGUUCCAGAAAAUGUGACUUUACAAGCAAAGUCUCAAAAAAAGCUCAAGUUUGACUUAAAAAUCCAUAUACCUGAGCCCACGGAUGAGACAGAUAUGACCAGCGGUAGUAACAUUUAUUUAGCAGUUGGCGAUUACACCAAGGAAUCGGACAGAGAAGUCAACUUACAAACAGGCACAUCAGUAGAAGUACUAGAACAGUCCGAGGGAGGCUGGUGGCUAGUUCGGACUAAAAGUCUUACUAUUGGCUGGGCUCCAUCGAAUUUUCUGGAGAAAAUAAGCAAAGAGGAGUUGGAGAGGAGAAAGGAGCUUGGGCUCGAGUCUCCAACCAGAUCCCCAUUGCGGCCACCCAAAUCCCCCAGGGUACACAGAAUGGCAAAACAUGUCUCUACUGAGCAGAAAUUUUGGAACUUUAUGCGUAAAAGUGACCAGAAUAAUGCGACAUGUUCGAUUGUCGAUGAAAAAGAAGUUUGCCGUGUUGAUGACAGCAGAGCACAGCAGCUGACAGUGAUGGAUGUUAAUGGCAACAGACUGGGUGAAUAUCACGUGCAUGAACCUAGCAAGCACAUGAAGAAGAGUUACAUCUGUGACUCAAACACCGGUGUGUGUAAACUUGAACAAAAUGAAGACCGGCUGUAAGUUUUAAAUAGAAGACUAGUCUAUUAUCAGGGGGGAGGCCGGACAGGUUUUUUCUAUGAUAUCUAUAUUAUGAUACAAGAUAGGAUGUAAGCAUUAGGUGUUCUGGUAGUAUCAUAUGUUUUUUAAUAAGAAAAUUUGAGUUUUGAUACUCAUGUAGUUUUUAGUCUCAAGCAUUUUUUUACAAUGAUUUUACAGAUAAGCAAAAGAUAGGUAGAAAACUUUAUUUUUGCUGUAAACAAACGCUUUCUAAAGUCUUAAUUAUUGACUUGCUUUUUAUACAGUUUAUUCCUUGGUUCGAUUUUAAGGAAAACAGUUUUGGACUUUCCCGCACAGAAUCGUGGGGCUGAAAACUAAAAAUGUAUGGUCCCCCCCUCCACAAUUCCAGGGGGAGAGGGGGGGAUUGUCAACAGUUUUCUUUGGAAUUUGUUCCACGUCAAGCUCACUCUAAAUACUAUAAUUAUAUGCACGGGAUAUCUUGUCGCCCUAAAGUAUAUAAAGUAGAAAUUGUCCUCACACUUCGUGUAAUUACAUUUCGUUUUUUUAUGCAUUAACAUCAUGGAGGAUAAUAAAAAAAUUGCCCUAUAUCUA